CCUACACUUAAAAUCUGGAAAAUUUUAAACAUAAGUAACAAGUAAUAGAAUGGCGGCUACAAUUAUCGACACCUUAACGAUCUUUUGGCCAUUGCAAAAGUAGAGAAGACUUUCAGUAUGUAAAUUGUGCAUGAAUAAUGAGACAACUUUCCACUAGGGGGAAAAAAAAGUUGAUUUCCCGAUUACUUAGCGCAUCAGACCACGUGACACCGGUCCACAGUUAUCGUCAUCCAGGUUAUUUAAAAAAUCGUGAACGCAAGAACACAGAUGGAACAGUAUAACCCAAGCCAUUUUGGUGUGAAGUUAACCUGCUGUUCUUAUAGCAGCCAAGCAGAAACUGCUGAAGGGGAGAUUCUCCACAACAUUAUUAGUGAGACAGAGAAUGUUAAAGGGUCCUACUCCAAGCAUGAGUUCCAAGCAGAAACAAAAAAGUUGCUGGACAUUGUGGCCAAAUCUUUGUACUCUGAGAAAGAGGUGUUCAUAAGGGAGCUCAUCUCAAAUGGUAGUGAUGCACUAGAGAAGUUGCGACAUAAGCUUAUUACAGGAGGUGGAGAUUCUGAACCUCUGGAAAUUCACCUACAGACUGAUGCAGCUAGAGGCAUUUUAACUAUUCAGGACACUGGCAUUGGGAUGAAUCAACAGGAGCUGAUUACCAAUCUGGGCACGAUUGCUUGCUCUGGCUCUAAGGCCUUUUUGGAGGCUCUUCAAAACCAAGCUGAGGCCAAAAGCUCUGUGAUCGGGCAGUUUGGUGUUGGCUUUUACUCUGCUUUUAUGGUGGCGGACAAACUAGACGUUUACUCUCGGAGUGCAGAACCUGGUGUUCCCGGAUACAAGUGGUCCUCAGACGGCUCAGGAGUGUUCCAGAUUGCUGAGGCCAGUGGGGUGAGACAGGGCACUAAGAUUGUCUUACACCUGAAGGACGAAUGCAAGGAGUUUUCUUCUGAGGACCGUGUUAAAGAGGUUGUGAAAAAGUACAGCAACUUUGUCAGUUUCCCCAUUUACCUGAAUGGCAGACGACUUAACACACUGCAGGCUCUCUGGAUGAUGGACCCCAAAGAGAUCAGUGAGUGGCAGCAUGAGGAGUUUUAUCGCUAUAUAGCAAAGGCAUAUGAUAAACCUCGUUACACACUGCACUACCGUGCUGAUGCUCCCCUCAACAUACGUAGCAUUUUCUACGUUCCUGAAAUGAAGCCCACCAUGUUUGACGUGAGCAGGGAAAUGGGCUCCAGAGUGGCACUGUACAGCCGGAAAGUCCUGAUCCAGACCAAGGCUACAGACAUUUUGCCCAAGUGGCUGCGCUUCUUGCAAGGUGUGGUGGACAGUGAGGAUAUCCCCUUGAAUCUCAGCAGAGAGUUACUACAGGAAAGUGCUCUUAUUCGGAAAUUGCGGGAUGUGUUGCAGCAGCGAAUCAUUCGUUUCCUGUUGGACCAGAGCAAGAAAGAGCCAGAGAAAUAUGUUCGCUUCUUCGAGGACUAUGGGCUUUUUAUGAGAGAAGGCAUCGUCACCAGCACUGAGCAGGACAUUAAGGAGAACAUAGCCAAGCUGCUCCGUUUUGAGUCCUCAGCAUUGCCUGCUGGGCAGCAAACCAGCCUCAUGGGCUAUACCUCACGUAUGAAGGCAGGCACCAGGAAUAUCUACUACUUGUGUGCUCCCAGCCGUCAACUGGCUGAACACUCUCCAUACUACGAGGCCAUGAAAAUGAAGGACAUGGAGGUGCUCUUCUGUUAUGAGCCAUUUGAUGAGCUAACACUGCUCCACCUCCGGGAGUUCGACAAGAAGCAGCUCAUCUCUGUUGAAACCGACAUUGUAGUUGAUCACUACAAGGAAGAAAAGUUUGAAGCCAGCAAGCCAGCAUCAGAACAAUUAAGUGAGCAGCAAGCUGAGAAUCUAAUGGCCUGGAUGAGGAACUGUCUUGGUGAGAAAGUCACAAAUAUCAAGGUGACCCCUCGUCUGAACACUCACCCUGCCAUGAUCACAGUGCUGGAGAUGGGAGCAGCGCGACAUUUUCUUCGUACUCAGCAGCUGGCACGCAGUGUGGAGGAGAGGGCACAAAUCCUGCAGCCCACACUGGAGAUCAACCCUGGGCAUGAACUCAUCAAGAAACUUCAUGUGCUGAAAGAUUCUAAUCCUGAUCUUGCACAGCUGCUGCUUGAGCAGAUUUUUGACAACGCUAUGAUCACAGCUGGUCUGAAUGAUGACCCUCGCCCAAUGAUCUCUCGCUUAAAUGAUCUGCUGACCAAAGCCCUAGAGAAACACUGAGACCAGGACUGCAGGUUAGAGAGACCUGUCCUUUGUUUUGCAACAUCACAGCCAUCUAUAAAUGUCGGCAAUUUUCUGUCCUACACUUAGCUGUAUGUGUCCAGACCAAAUCCCCAUCAAAGUCUUGUACAGUAAAAUUGUAUUAUAACAGCUCUUUGGUGUCAGAUGUUUGUUACAGAAGAAUAUUUAGUGUAGUGCAGUGUAGUGUUAGAGGCCAAAGAUGAUAUGUUACUUCAUGUAUCCACUUGCAAAUUUUGUUACUAAAGCACUUUUUUCUUCCAGCUUGUAGACAUUUCAAUGACGUUUCUUUUGCUUUCCAGAAUGCACCAGAUGCAUUAAUUUGUGUAAAGCUGGGGUCUGCUGAACUUUUACUGCCACACUGUAAGACAGAUUUUCAAGUUAUGCAGGGGAUGGACUUGGCAGAGCUGAAAUGAAUACAAAAUGAUGUAAUGAGCUUGAUCAUGGACACGUAACAUUAAAGCUGCAACAUGCUUCUGCUGAACUUUUGCCUUUAUUAAUGAUCUUUUGUCCUUACUUGUACAUUAAACAGCGGGAUUGUAAUAGUUAGUGAUGGGCAGAUGGAGCCUUGUGAAGAACACGACAGUUUCCGCUACCUGUGUUGGGAAAAGUGUUGGCGUAUCAAUGUCAUGUAACAGCGUCAUCUAGUGGAUUAUAGAACGGCAUUAUGCAAUUACUUCUAUUAUGGAUAAAAGAAAUGUGAUGCAUUAUCAUAUUCUAAUAAAUGUGGUUAUUGAUUAAAGCACCGAAAUAA